CUCAUGUUGUGACUUUCCUCUUUGCAGGGGGAUGAAAGUCAUCGAGAACCGCGCCCUGAAAGACGAGGAGAAGAUGGAGCUACAAGAAAUCCAGCUGAAGGAAGCCAAGCACAUAGCCGAGGAGGCAGACAGGAAAUACGAGGAGGUGGCCAGGAAGCUGGUGAUCAUCGAGGGGGACCUGGAGCGCACGGAGGAGAGAGCGGAGCUGGCAGAGUCCCGGGUCCGCGAGAUGGAGGAACAGAUGCGACUCGUAGACCAGAGUCUGAAGUGUCUGAACGCAUCUGAAGAAAAGUAUUCACAAAAGGAAGAUAAAUACGAAGAAGAAAUUAAGAUUUUGACAGACAAACUAAAAGAGGCAGAAACAAGGGCCGAGUUCGCCGAGAGAUCAGUUGCCAAACUUGAGAAGACCAUCGAUGACCUGGAAGAUAAGCUGAGGGUCACCAAGGAGGAGAACUCCAAGAUGCAGAAGAUGUGGACGAUACUCUGCAGGAAUUACACAGCUUGUAGACCCCCGAGUCCCCGCCUGACGUCAGCGCCGCCGACCGGACCGCACUCCUCCUCCCCGUGUAACUGUUUGUUUCCUUUUCUAUGAUUGUGGGCGCCAUCUUAUCCCCGGAGGCGCCAUCUUAUCUUAUCUGCCCUUCCCCCUUAAUUGCUGGUUUUAUGGAUCAAACCAUUCCGUGCCAUAUUCCGGGGGUCUGCGCCCAGUAUUGUCCUGAUUGGGGGCUCUGUCUAUUGCCCCCUAGUGGUGAGAGGUGGGGGUCCGGCGUGACACUUAUUACUGUACCAUUCAGAUGUUGUCCGGACCCCCGGGAAUAGUAUUACGGCUCCUAUGGGGGUCUCCUCCCAGGGUUUGGGGGGGUAUUGGGGGAGGUGUCUGACUUCUUGGUGCCCCUUCCAGCCAAUAAACGCCAUGUGCCACUUUCCUAUCACUGCCUCGGGGUCCUGUCUGCGGGGGGGAGGGGCAGCGGGACCACCGGGUGGCAUCGUGACGAUCAUGUUGUUGUUUUUUCUGACUGGUUUUAAAACAGAAAUUUUUUUAACGCUUCCAUAUCCAUCAAUAAAAUAAGGCUGCUACGUGAACGACA